AGCCAAGACCCAAUGUCUUUAUCUCAGGUAGGGGCCCUCAGGAGGUCUCCCAGACAGGCAGCCUCCGGAGAGUUUGGGGGUAAGAAUGGGGGCAACCAGCUUCUUUCUUCUCUCUUAUAAUUUGGGGGCUUGGGAGACAGGCUUGAGAAUCCCAAAGGAGAGGGGCAAAGGAUACUGCCCCCGCAAGUCUGCCAGAGCAGAGAGGGAGACCCCGACUCAGCUGCCACUUCCCCACAGGCUGCUGCCGCCUCCAGGCGUCUAUCAGCGGCUCAGCCUUUGUUCAGCUGUUCUGUUCAAACACCCUGGGGCCAUUCAGGCCUGGGUGGGGCAGCUGGAGGAAGGGAGUUUGAGGGGGGCAAGGCGACGUCAAAGGAGGAUCAGAGAUUCCACAAUUUCACAAAACUUUCGCAAACAGCUUUUUGUGCCAACCCCCCUGCAUUGUCUUGGACACCAAAUUUGCAUAAAUCCUGGGAAGUUAUUACUAAGCUUUAGUCGUGGCCCCAGGUAAUUUCCUCCCAGGCCUCCGUGGGGUUAUGUAUAAAGGCCCCCCUAGAGCUGGGCCCCAAAACAGCCCGGAGCCUGCAGCCCAGCCCCACCCAGACCCAUGGCUGGACCUGCCGCCCAGAGCCCCAUGAAGCUGAUGGCCCUGCAGCUGCUGCUGUGGCACAGCGCACUCUGGACAGUGCAGGAAGCCACCCCCCUGGGCCCUGCCAGCUCCCUGCCCCAGAGCUUCCUGCUCAAGUGCUUAGAGCAAGUGAGAAAGAUCCAGGGCGAUGGCGCGGCGCUCCAGGAGAAACUGUGUGCCACCUACAAGCUGUGCCACCCCGAGGAGCUGGUGCUGCUCGGACACUCUCUGGGCAUCCCCUGGGCUCCCCUGAGCGGCUGCUCCAGCCAGGCCCUGCAGCUGACAGGCUGCUUGAGCCAACUCCAUAGCGGCCUCUUCCUCUACCAGGGGCUCCUGCAGGCCCUGGAAGGGAUCUCCCCGGAGUUGGGCCCCACCUUGGACACACUGCAGCUGGACGUCGCUGACUUUGCCACCACCAUCUGGCAGCAGAUGGAAGAACUGGGAAUUGCCCCUGCCCUGCAGCCCACCCAGGGUGCCAUGCCAGCCUUCGCCUCUGCCUUCCAGCGCCGGGCGGGAGGCGUCCUGGUUGCCUCCCAUCUGCAGAGCUUCCUGGAGCUGGUGUACCGCGUUCUACGCCACCUUGCUCAGCCCUGAGCCAAGCCCUCCCCAUCCCAUGUAUUUAUCUCUAUUUAAUAUUUAUGCCUAUUUAAGCCUCAUAUUUAAAGACAGGGAAGAGCAGAACAGAGCCCCAGGCCUGUGUGUCCUUCCCUGCAUUUCUGAGUUUCAUUCUCCUGCCUGUAGCAGUGAGAAAAAGCUCCUGUCCUCCCAUCCCCUGGACUGGGAGGUAGAUAGGUAAAUACCAAGUAUUUAUUACUGUGACUGCUCCCCAGCCCUGGCUCUGCAGCGGGCACUGGGAUAAGCCGCAGUGAGCCCCUGGUCCCGAGGGUCCCCACCUGGGACCCUUGAGAGUAUCAGGUCUCCCAUGUGGGAGACAAGAAAUCCCUGUUUAAUAUUUAAACAGCAGUGUUCCCCAUCUGGGUCCUUGCACCCCUCACUCUGGCCUCAGCCGACUGCACAGCGGCCCCUGCAUCCCCUUGGGUGUGAGGUCCCUGGACAAGCAGAGGCAGCCAGAGCUGGGAGGCAUGGCCCUGGGGUCCCACGAAUUUGCUGGGGAAUCUUGUUUUUCUUCAUAAGACUUUCAGGACAUGGUUUGACUCCCGAACAUCACCAACGUGUCUUCUGUUUUUCUGGGUGCCCUCAGGACACCUGCCCUGCCUCAACGAGGGUCAGGACUGUGACUCUUUUUAGGGCCGGGCAGGUGCCUGGACAUUUGCCUUGCUGGACGGGGACUGGGGAUGUGGGAGGGAGCAGACAGGAGGAAUCAUGUCAGGCGUGUGUGUGAAAGGAAGCUUGACUGUCACCCUCCACCUCUUCACCCCCCAAUUCACCAGUGUCCCCUCCACUGUCGCAUUGUAACUGAACUUCAGGAUAAUAAAGUGUUUGCUUCCAGUCA